UACCGUAGGAUCCUGGGCAUUCCAUAAUUCUAAAUUCGCAUUACCCCGCUUAUCAGACAAGAGACUAGCAAAAUAGGUCUCAGCAAAGACCUGUCAGCCAGGGCAACCAAUCCUCCUUUACUUAUCUCGUACCUGACAUGUCUACUACGACACAGUUUGCAACCGCGCCAACAUCAGCACAGCAGCAAAUUUUACGACAACGUGAUCUUAUGAUUUCACAGCAGCAGCAACAGCAACAACAACAACAACAACAACAACAACAGCGACAAUACGAACGCAUAGGGUCAGGCACGCAAUUGACACCACAACAGCAGUUACAGCAGCAAAUGUUCUCUCAGACUGGUGGUGUUCAGCAGCAUGGCAUGGCUGGUGUUCAAGGCGCUAUAUCAAACCCAACCGCUGCCGCUUACAAUACCAUGGUGAAUGCUCCUUUUACGAAUGGUCAACCCCCGGUAGGCUCUGCGGCAUCCAUACCCCAACAGAUGGCUAAUAACCCAGCUCUUCAACGUAUGCCACCAUCCGCCGUUAUGGCUGGACAGCCAAUGACGAACCGCAUAGUUCCUAUCAACGCUGGUCAGUUACCUGGCCAAUUGACCACACAGCAGGCUGGACCAGCUGGCGUUGGAUCGGCUGUCUACCGAUUACUACAAUACCUUGACAAUCUCGGACCUGGAGCCCAGACAAAGGAAAUAUCGUUUUGGCAAAAAGUUGUUGGCGAUUUUUUUUCAGACAAUGCUACCUUCCGGUAUGAAAUGACCAACGCGCAAACAGAGGAGAAAAAAGUGUUUGAAUUACCGGCUUCUCUACUGGCAAGAUUUUACCUCACAUAUUUUCAAUCUGGUGUCGUGCGGAUGAGUUGGACAUUGGAAAGCACAAAUGAGCUGAUGUUUGGAGCUGGCUCUUUCGUUGUAGACUGUUCUCAAUCUACACUCAUACAGUACUUCGAUAACGGCUCACAGGUUUUACUAAACGGCAGACUACGCGCACAACUUUCACCAUCACCUCCAACAGGAGCUCUGAAAAUAGACAUGUUGGACUUCUCCAGUCGUGGAUAUUCAGAAUAUAUACCAAGAAACACGUUACUUGGACUAUCUAAACAUGAAUCUCUGAAGAAGGAUAACAAGAAUAUUAGCAAUAAGCUUGACGCUAUACUACGAGAAAUUAUACCAGAUGGUUUGGUGAACGACUUUGGCAUCUGCCCACGAGUGAUGCGGUGUUUAGAGAUUGCCGAGGUCGUCGCUUCCUUUGAUGACUUAAUAUACUACAGUCGAAUGUCAAGCGUCGGUCCAUUGGGUACUUAUACUGCAAACUGGGAAUGCUACACUUGUGUUGAUACCAGAAUACUUACUCUUCUGUUUUGCAUCUUCCAGAAAGCCUGAAGGAAGUGUC